AUGGCCACGUCCGUCACUCCACUCUCCGCAGACCCCCCUGCAGGCCCGGCGCCGGUCCGGGAUCCGAUCUUGCAGCUCCGAGAGGCAUCACGGAAGCUGGUCCGCGAAUGGGGCUUUCUCCGGCCGACCCCCGUCCCGUUCCCGCUCUCCCCGGCCGCCGUGCACUGUCUCAUCGAGAUCGGCGACUAUGGCUGGCGGGCCUUCCCGGACCUCUGCACUGAGCUCAACGUCAGCCCGGCUCAGGCCUCUCGUAUGCUGGUCGAACUAGUCUCGGCCGGUCUUGUGAGACGGGAGCGCCAGGGAUCUUCGGCUGCUAGGAAUGAUGAAACCUACGUCCUCACUGCUUCCGGAGAGAAGACACUCGCCGAGAUCAACACCUAUGCCCGCGACCAGGUCGCCAAAGCACUGGCUGCUGCUCCCCCAGGAGUAAGUGCCGUCGAUUUCACGAAAGCAUUCCAAGCCUAUGGUGCUGCUCUUGAGCGAUCCCGUCCUGUCGGUGAUACCCCCACCCCCGAUCUCACUCCGAGCGCCACCCCAGAAGUCCCUUCAUCACUACUACCGGCCCCUCCCACGGUCUCCCUUGUCACUGGCUAUCGCCCGGGUCUUCUCGCCCGCAGCCUCGAGAUGAACGUUGAGUACUAUUACCCGCGGAAUGGCUGGGGCCGUAAGUUUGAGGUCGUCCUAUCCGCUUCACUCGGCGACGUAUUGGACCGACUGGGUAAUCCGGUGAACCAAGUGUGGUCGGCUGUGACAACAACACCCUCCUCAGAACCUGGCGCCCCGCCGCAAGAGCGGACGGUGGGUACGAUCUACGUGGAUGGCGAGUGUCCAGGGAGACCUAAUGUUGCGCGGCUGAGAGGGUUUAUCGUUGAUGGGUCGGCCAGAGGGCUGGGGGUAGGGAAGAAGUUGUUGGAUGCGGCCAUGAAGUUUAUAAAGGAUGGUGGUUUUACGGAGUGUUUUUUGACGACGCAGGCUUCCUUGACGGUUGCGAGGAAACUAUAUGAGAGGGAGGGUUUCGUAAACGUCAAAGAAGACUGGUAUGAGGGAUUUGGACCAGGCACCCAGCAGGUGACAUAUGUCUGGCAUCGACCGCGAGACCUGUGA